AUGAUGUUCGUUGUUGCGAACGAGGGUGGAAGUGCGAAGGGAGCAGAAGCUCGAGUUGUGCGUAAAUUCCAGCACGACGCCCAGAAUCUCAUCACGAACCGCGGACUCGAAUGCGGAGGCGGCAGAAAGUUGACGGGCAGAGAGCAGCAGCAGCGACAAGACGACAAAUCUCAAGCGCAACCACACACAGCGCCGUCGACCAUGUUGCUCCCAAGGAUACGGGCAUUGCCCACUGGCUCUUCGUCUGCCAUCGCUACCGUCGAGACCGCUCUCUUAGCAUUGCGCUUGUCGCCAGCCGUCACCAACACCAGCAUCGCAGUACGCCAUGCCUCGCACAAGGCCCAGGGUGCUGCCAACUCUGCAAAGGACGGAGCAGGAAAGAGAUUGGGUGCUAAGAAGAGUGGAGAACAAUACGUAAUCCCCGGCAACAUCAUCUUCCGCCAACGCGGUACAAAAUGGUUCCCCGGCGACAAUGUAGGCAUGGGCCGCGACCACACAAUCUACGCCACCCAACCGGGCUACGUCAAAUACUACAAAGACCCCCUCAAGCACCCGAAACGUCAAUACAUUGGUGUGGUGUUUGAGCGCAACCAAGUGCUUCCCCAACCGCCUCAUGCUGUCCGCCGCAGACGUCUGGGUAUGCUGGCUCAUCAGAUGGAAAAUUCCUCCACUCCUGCUGUCGAAUUCACCCGUGACCUUUCAGCUGGCAACGAAGCUGCCAUCUCUGGAGACGCAGAUAUCAGCACCUCCACCCCUCUCGCAACACCCAAGGAGCAAAAAGCAAAGAUUGUCGUAAAAGACAAGAGGACAGGAGAAGUGGUCAGAGCAACGCCGACACUGCGACCAGGAUACCAAUACCGUGCUGCCAAUUGGGAGAUUGGAAGAGCUGCCGAGAGAGCUGGUGUCAAGGUCACGCCGUUUAAGCCUGGUAACAGAUUCUUGGCUUGGAGAAAGAGUAAUGUUAGAAAGGCCAAGAAUGCUGAGAGGAGGGGUUUGACGAGAAGACGUUGA